UGCACUGUGUCCCUCGGACACAGCGGAUCACCGAACAAUGGUAAGAGCCGAAGAUGUCGGCUCGGUCAUGUGAUCAGCUGUGUCCAAUCACAGCUGAUCGCAUGGGACAUGUACACUGAUCAUCAGGGCACUGAUGAUCAGUGUGCCCUGAUCAUCAGUGUAGCCCCAUCAGUGCCACCUGUCAGUGUCCAUCAAUGUCAGCUGUCAGUGCUCAUCAUUGCCACAUAUCAGUGCCUACCAGUGCACAUCAAUGCCACAUAUCAGUGCUCAUCUGAGCUGCCUUUCAGUGCCACCUAUCAGUGCCAGUCAGUGCUACCUAUCAGUGCUGCCAAUCAGUUUAACCUAUCAGUGCCAGUCAGUGCCACCUAUCAGUGCGCAUCAGUGCCGCCUAUCAGUGCCCGUCAGUGCUGCCUAUCAGUG